GCGUCCCCUACGUGUGGGUGUUUGUGUGACAGCGGAAUCCAAGUAAGAUGGCUGCGGAAAAGGGAGAGUGACUGGGAAACCACUGAAGGAGAUGUGUAUCUCUUGCCCAAGACUGCGUGGCAUGUCUCAUGAAGAAGUGGUUGUUUACGUCGUUGCUGUCAGCGCAUCGGCUGCGGAUAGCGAGCCUGCCUACGACCGUUUAUCUCCGCGUUAAACGUCCGACCGCUGGGCUGAUCUGGUGGAUUUAUCAAGCAGCCAGCUACUAGCCGCAUUAGCGUGAAGCUAACUAGAAGCCGUGGUUUUGGGAAUUUACACCCUCCACCCCUCUUCGGGACAGGACCCCCGACACUUGAGAACCCGUGGGCAUUCAAGGUACAUGUCCAGAUCCUAGUUUGAACGGUCCCAGGCUACCUCAAAUCCCAAGAUCCACUGAGGCCAUGCCUCUCCCUUUCCCUCCAUCAGGGCCAACAUGAAGAAAUAGUCCACCCUGCUGCUGACCAGCUACAGUUCAGAGUAGAGUGUCUCCGUCCGGCCGCCUCUAUGGAGUGGUGUCGCCUUCAGACUGGAUGACAGGAUCUGCAGAGUUGAGCUGACCUCCCCCCCCCCCCCCCCCCCCCUGCUGGGGAGUGGACCACAACCACCUCCCAAGCUGACCUUUAGACCUCCUAAGCCAAAACCUCCCUGCUGCCAGUCGUUCACCGGCCUCUCUCCCAACAACAAGGAAGAAUCGGUCCAUCCUUAACCUCUCCCCCCCAUCCCUCCCCCUCCCCCUACUCCUCUCUCUACCGGUCUCUGUAUUUACCUUCUCCUGGUUGAUAGAUAACUGGUCCGUCCUCCUCCUCCCCCCCCCCCCCCCCCUCCCUCCUUCCUUCCUCCCCUACCUCUCUCUCUCCCUCCCUUUUCCUCCUGUCUCCUUUCUUCCCUCCUUCUUCCUUAUAUCCUUCUCUGGACCCCCUCCGUUCCUCUAUCUUUUCGGGGGCCCCUUCCGUACACGUGAGCGCCCUGUUUUGGACUUGGCCUUCAACGCGCCUUCACACGCCUCCCGACCUAUUCCUCCACCAACCCACCCCGUCCCCCCCACCCCCAGCCCUGCAGGCUCCGUCCAGCAUGAGCUGGCUGAGCCGCCUGAACCCCCGGGGGCCCACCGGUCGGUCGGGUCGGAGCGCGGCCCCCGCGGGCCCCUGCACCGCCGACCCCGAGACCUGCCUCAUGGUGUUUGAGAACCACUGGAGACAGGUGUCCUGGGUGGUGGAGCAGCGCGAGCCCUCGUCGUCCAGCGACGACCUGGCGGCGGUGAGGAACCACACCGACCAAAUGCUGUGCCUGCUGGCCGAGGAGCGGCCCCGGGACGGCCCGGACAGCGGCGGGGCGGGGGGCCCCCCGGCCCCGGGCCCCAUCCUGGAGCUGGUGGUCACGGAGGGCAUCCUGGAGCGGCUGGUGCAGUGGCACCUGCGGCGCGGCCUGGACCCCGACAGCCAGGGGGCGCUGCUGAAGCUGUUUGAGAUGCUGAUCGGCCAGUCCCAGCAGCCGCUGCUGCAGCACAUGGCCGUGCUGCAGCCGCUGCUGGGCCUGCUGGGGGCCUGCGCCGACCCCCAGCUGGGCUGCCCGCCCGCCCUGGAGAACAGCCUGGUGCUCCUGCUCAAUCAGGUGUGUGUGACCAUGGCCCGGCAGCCCGUGGUGCUGGAGAUGCUCUUCCGGGCGGCGCCCAUCCAGCAGGGCCCGGCCAACCUGCUGAUCUUCUCCCUGCUGGUGCCCUUCAUCCACCGCGACGGCGCCAUGGGCCAGCAGGCGCGUGACGCCCUGCUGCUGGUCAUGGCGGCCUCGGCCAGCCACCAGGGCGUGGCGCGCUACAUCGCCGAGAACUCCUACUUCUGCCCGGUGCUGGCCACGGGCCUCAGCGCCCUCUACUCCUCCCUCCCCAGGAAGAUCGAGGUGCGCGGCGACGACUGGCACGCGCUGCGCCGCGAGGACUGGAUGGGCGUGUCGUCCCUGGUGCUCUUCAUGAACUCCCUGGAGUUCUGCAACGCGGUGGUACAGGUGUCCCACCCGCUGGUCAGCUCCCAGCUGCUGGACUACCUGCACAACGGCUUCCUGGUGCCUGUGGUGGGCCCCGCGUUGCACAAGUCGUCUGUGGAUGAGAUGAUCGCCAGCACGGCCUACCUUGAGCUGUUCCUGCGCAGCAUCACAGAGAAGGCCCUGCUGAAGACCUUCCUGCGCUUCAUCCUGAUGCAUCGCCACGACAACGACACCAUCUUGGACACCCUGCUCACGCGCAUCAGCAGCAAUUCGAGGCUCUGCAUGGUGUCCCUGAGCCUCUUCAGGACCCUCCUCUCCCUCAACUGUGAAGACCUCAUGCUGCAGCUGGUUCUCAGGUAUCUACUGCCCUGCACCCACGUCAUGCUGAGUCAGCGCCGGGCCGUCCGAGAGGCCGACGUGUACGGCAAGUGUGCGGACAAGUUCCUGUCCCUCAUCCCCGAAUGCUGCCGGCUGAGCGCAGCGCCCCCUGGUGAACGGGAGGACGACGUUGCGUUCUGGGGGAAAGCGCUCAGCAGCCCCAGCGCGGGGUCCCCCGUCCAGCCGCUGCCCAGCACCCCGUCCCGCCUCGCGCUCUUCAUCCGCCAGCAGAGCAGCGGGGGGGUGUCGGGAGGGGCCCCGCCGACCCCGACCAACGCGGAGGUGGUGCCCUCGUCUCCGCGGGGCGGCGGCGGCGGCGGCGGCGGCUGCGGUGGGCCGCCCGACACCCCGGACAGCCCCAUGCACCAGCAGCAGCAGCAGCCGGUGGACUGCCUGGACUGGGAGUCGGGCUACCUGGACUACCUGCGCGACGCCCGGCGGGGCAUCGAGCUCUGCUCCUGGGCCUGCCGCGACUGGUCGGCGCCCUACGACGGCGAGAACCCGGCGCCCGGCGCCGCCCCGCCCCCGCCGCUGCUGCCGCCGCUGACGGCCUGCAACCCCUCCAUGGCCGUCUCCCACGAGCACUUCUCGUUCCAGCAGGGGGGCGGAGCCGGCGGCGGCGGCGGCGGCGGCGACCCCCCCGGCCAGCAGAGGGCGGCGGUCGUGGCGGCGGCGCGCUCGGAGUGGAGCAGCUCGGAGCGGGACAGCGGCGAGUGGGACGUGACCAUCGGCAAGAACCACUGCAUCAGCCUCACGCCGCGCUCCAAGAAGCGCAGCCUGCAGCGGGAGGAGCCGCUCGCCAGCGCCGUGCCGCCGCUCUUCCUGCCCGCCGAGGCGCCCGCCCCGCCCGCCCCGCCCCGUGACUCUCAGGCCGCCACCCCCCGCCCCGCCUCCUCCUCUUCGGCCCCUCGCCGCCCGCCACCGUCGUCGACAUCGUCGUCGUCGACCCACCCCGCGGCGCUGUCCAAUGGCACCGCGGCGCCGGCGGAGGAAGGGUGCUUCUCGUCAGACAGCCGGGACAGGGGGAUGGAGGUCAAGAAGGUCAAGCGGGACUUUGGGGAGCCUCCUCUACAGCAGCAGCAGCAGCAGCAGCAGCAGCAGCAGCAGCAGCAUUCGGACGAGGGCUCCACCCAGAACAGCUCCGCCUCCCUCCUCGCCCGCUGCCCGGCGGCCACGCCCCCACCCCGACACCGUCAGGACAACGGCCACCUGAGCGAGGACGAAGCGGCGGCGGCGGCGGCGGCGCCACGGCCCAAGCCCCGCCCGGCCCAGAGCUCCCGCACCCCACCAUCAUCGGCGGCGGCGGCGGCGGCGGCGGCGGACGCCGACCCACCCGGUGCCGCGUCGCGCCUCCCCGAGCCGGCCCCCCAGGACCCCAGGCCGCAGUCGGUGGAGAGCCUGAUGGAGGAGCUGCUGCAGCAGGCGCCGGCGGACCAGCUGCUGCCCGGGGACUCCAACGGCCAGGGCAUCAGCAUCGAGGCCUUCAACCUGGAGCUCAGCGAGCUGGAGGCCCGGGUGAGGGCGCGCAGCCGGGACGCAGCGCCGGACGACGACGACAGACGCCCUCCGGCCUCAAGGCAACAGCAGGAGGUGGACGAGGAGGAGGUGGAGGACGAGGACGAGGAGGAGGAGGAGGGGGGAGGCCCUCUGCUGUCCGGACCCCCGGAGACGGAUCAGACCACCCUGGGGAGUGGAGGCGAGGUCAGGGUGCUUGGCUCUGUGGUGAGCAGCCCUGCCAGACCUCUGGGUCAGCCUGCCAGCCAGCCCUACACAGGCCCGUUCAUGGUGGUCCUGUUUGCCAAGCUGGAGAACAUGGUCCAGAACUCCCUGUAUGUCAACAUCCUGCUGACGGGCAUCGUGGCCCAGUUGGCCUGCUACCCGCAGCCACUACUCCGCUCCUUCCUGCUCAACACCAACAUGGUCUUCCAGCCCAGCGUCAAGUCCCUCCUCCAGGUCCUUGGUUCGGUCAAGAACCGGAUCGAGGCGUUUGCGGCGUCCCACGAGGACUUCCCCGCCAUGCUGAGGAAGGCCCAGCGGUACCUGGCCGCCCGGGGGAAGGUGGACUGGACCGAGUCGCCCACGGCAGUGCCCACCCUGCGACGCUCAGAUUCACUGGUGAAGAGCCGCAAGCCGUCGCUGGGCGACCUGAUCCUGCGCCACACCAACAGCCCCACGCGGGCGCGCCACGCCGCCCAGCUGGCCCUGGCGCACGUGCGCGACGGCGGCCAGUCACUGCACAGCGCCCUGUUCCGCGGCGGCUCCGGAGGCGGGCCCAGCAUCGGCGGUGGCGGCGGCGGCGGCGGGGGCGGGGCCUCGAGCCUGGAGCGGCAGGCGGAGGCGCUGCGGGUGAAGAAUGCCGUCUACUGCGCCGUGGUGUUCUGCGAGUUCCUCAAGGAGCUGGCCGCCCUGGCCCAGGAGCACGCCGUCGCCGUGCCCUUCGGCCAGAGCCAGGCCGCCGAGGAGUGAAGGGGGCGGGGGAGGCACCACCACCACCACCACCACCACCCCUGCGUUUGCCCUUCUAUUUGGUACGACCCGAGGCCGCAGGCUCGCGGCCGGCGAGGGUCACAGAGGUCACAGCUUUAGGGCCCGUCGCUCGCCAUAGGUGCAC